AUGGAUAUCUUUCGGAUUCUAACCCGUGGGGCUUCAUUGAAGAAGUCCAAGAAUGAUACCAUCAAACAUGCAAAGGCACAAACAACCUCUCAACAAAGGAAAGAACAAUCUAUGCAACAUCAAGUUGACAAGGAAACUGAUUUCUUUCAUACUAGAAAACAUACUAUAAUUGAAGAUGAAGACUCUAAAAUUGGAAAUGAAGAAGAUGAGGAUCUGGUGGCACCUCCACCCAAAAUUGCAAACGAAGAAGAUGCGGCAAAGUUACGUAGAUCUUAUAAAUCAAAGGUUACUGGAUCAGAUGUUCCAUUACCAAUUGGAUCGUUUGAAGAUUUAAUUAGUAGAUUCCAUUUGGAUAAGAAAUUACUUUCUAAUCUUUUAGAAGCUGAUUUUGUUGAACCAACCCCUAUUCAAUGUGAAUCCAUUCCUAUUUCCUUGGAACAAAGAGAUUUGAUUGCAUGUGCCCCUACAGGGUCUGGUAAGACUUUAGCCUUCCUCAUCCCACUUGUACAAGCAGUAUUAGACUCCCCAAAGACAUCCAAGCUUCAUGGAAUCCGUGGGUUGGUUAUUUCUCCAACCAAUGAAUUGGCAGUACAAAUUUUCCAUGAAUUGGAAACAUUAUCUAAAUCUAAAAAGGAUCUUAAAGUGGCCAUUCUUUCCAAACAAUUGGCUAACAAGAUUAACAAUAACAUUAUUAAUGCUAGUAAGUAUGACAUCAUUGUUUCUACCCCACUUCGUUUGAUUGACGUUGUUAAAAAUGAAAAAUUAGACUUAUCAAAAGUAGAAGAAUUAAUUAUUGAUGAAGCCGAUAAAUUAUUUGAUCAAGGAUUUGUGGAACAAACCGAUGAUAUUUUAUCUAAUUGUACUCAUAAGAAGUUGAGAAAAUCCAUGUUCUCCGCUACCAUCCCAUCAGGGGUUGAAGCUAUGGCACAAUCGAUUAUGAAGGAUCCAGUAAGAGUAAUUAUUGGUCAUAAAGAAGCAGCCAGUAAUACCAUUGAACAAAAAUUGGUAUUUACAGGUAAUGAAGAGGGUAAAUUACUUGCCAUCAGACAAAUGAUUCUGGAAAGUGAAUUUAAACCACCAAUUAUCAUUUUCUUACAAUCGAUCACAAGAGCCAAGGCAUUAUUCCAUGAACUUUUGUAUGAUAAGCUCAAUGUAGAUGUGAUUCAUGCUGAAAGAAGUCCUAAGCAAAGAGAAGAUGUAAUUAAAAGAUUUAAAAACGGGGAUGUUUGGGUAUUGAUUACCACUGAUGUUAUUGCUAGAGGUGUUGAUUUCAAAGGAGUUAAUCUUGUGAUAAAUUAUGAUGUUCCACAAUCUGCACAAGCAUAUGUCCAUAGAAUUGGUAGAACCGGUAGAGGUGGUAAGAGUGGUAAGGCUGUGACAUUUUUCACCAAGGAGGAUGAAAAGGCUAUCAAGCCAAUCUUAAACGUCAUGAAACAAUCUGAUUGUAAAGAAGGAUACAGUGAAUGGAUGGAAGAUCUUGAUAAAUUAUCAAAGAAUGAAAAGAAGAGUAUUAAACAACAUUCAAUCAAGAGAAAACAAAUCAGUACUGUACCAAAGGUGAUCAAACAAAAGAAGCGUCAAAGAGCAGAAAUGAUUGAAGGAUCAAAAAAGAGAAAGUAUGAAGGAGAUAAUAAGAAGGAAAGAAAGGAGAAGAAAGAAGAAGAAACCGAGUAG